GCGGCUCCUCUCUGUUCGCCUCGCGACUCCGCGGCGACCCGGGACCCGGAUACCCUGAGAGAGAGAGAGAGAGAGAGAGAGAAAGAGAGAGAGAGAGAGAGAGUGUGUGUGUGUGUGUGUGGGCAUGGCAGCGUCACGGCUCUCCAGCUGAGGAACAUGAGGACACACUGAGCGGAGCAGCUGAUCCUGGACCCGCUGAGAUGAGUGUGGGCGUGGCCUCAGCCAGGUCCCAGGUGUGUCUGAAGAGACUAUUGGACGAGCCUCAGGAACACUCCCUGAAAUGCAAACGACCCUAUCUGGCUCCGCCCCCUCUGACCCCCAGCCUAUCACCUUGCCUGAGGCCCAGAGGCCCCGCCUCCCAGCCAACCCACAGCCAAUCCCAGUCCAGGAUUGGGCCCUACUUCCUGGUUGAGCCCUGCGAGGGGGUGGAGACCUACUGGGCCGUGCACACACACACGCAACAGCGCUACACCUGCAAGGUGCUGCCUCUGCGUGGAUACCAGGAGCACCUGGCCCCGUACGCCCAGCUCGGUCACCAUGACAACGUGUGCGUCCCAUCGGACGUGGUGAUCGGCCAGGACAGCGUGUACGUCUUCAAGCCGGGUCACCACGGCGACAUGCACGCGUACGUGCGCAGCAGGAAGCGCCUGGACGAGGAGGAGGCGGGGCUUCUGUUCGCUCAGAUGCUGAACGCCGUGACGCACUGCCACCGGCACGGCGUCGUGCUCCGGGACCUGAAGCUCCGCAAGUUCACCUUCACCGACCGCCACCGGACGCGGCUGGCCCUGCAGAGUCUGGACGACGCCGUGCUGCUGCCGGACGCCAACGCCGACGCCCUGACCGACCGCCACGGCUGCCCCGCCUACGUGGGCCCCGAGCUGCUGAGCGGCGGGAAGGCGUCGUACUCGGGCCGCGCCGCCGACAUCUGGAGCCUGGGCGUGUCUCUGUACACCAUGCUGAUUGGACGAUACCCGUUCCAGGACACGCAGCCCGCCGCCCUGUUCGCCAAGAUCCGCCGCGGGACGUUCAGCCUCCCUGAUUGGCUGUCGCCGCGGGCCAAGUGUCUGAUUGGUUGCAUGCUGAGGAAGUCGCCCGCCGAGAGACUGCAGGCGUCUGAGCUGCUCAUGCACCCCUGGCUGAGCGAGCCGGACACACACACACCUCACCACAACACACACACACCUCACCACAACACACACACACCUCACCACAACCAUAACACACACACACCUCACCACAACACACACACACCGCAUCGCAGCACACACACAGCACUUCAAAACACACACACACUCCAGCACAACACACACACACCUCUACAAACUAAGCAAUCUAGUGAUGACCAGGUGGUGCCAGUAUUCACUGAAGCAUCCUAACACACACACACACACACACACACACACACCCUGGAUUACUUGACCCUCCAGUGCCUUCCUCCCUCACUCUGUCCAUGUUUACACUUCCUGGUUCCUUCUGACCGGGGCUGGCCAAUCAGGAGCGAGCACACCUGGAGCCAGCCAAUCACGUGCCUUCCUCAGAGCGUGUUCAGGAGCUCAGACUGAAAACCCGUUUGAGACGCAGUUCUGUCGCUGGUGGUGUUUCGCCGGCGUUACAGCAGAGCACUGUGAGCGAGUCCGGGGUCAGGGGUCAUCAGAGGUCAGAGGUCACAGCCCGCCUCCGGCCGGUCACCUGACCCCGACGUGUCGCUUUGACUUCUGGGUCACGAGACGCUUCGUCUGCAGGAGCAAAGCCGCCGCGGCCCGACAGCGAGCUCCUCAGCACAGCUGGUUCUCUCUCCCUCAUGCUAUCAAACACUGAACUGUCAGAAUUAGAAAACUAGUUUUCUGGACAUUUUCCUUUUUGAAAAAAUAUUUUUGUAGUAAUCCUGAGCUCUCUCUGUUUCUGCUGUUUAAAGUUAAUUUCCAGGUCAUCGUCUGUUAAAGGCUCUGAACAAACACCACGCCCCGCCCCGCCCCACAUCCUAAUCCUCUAGUCAGACAGACAGACAGGUCAGACAGACAGACAGGUCAGUCAGACAGACAGACAGACAUGCCGCCGUCGCAGGGGAACACAUGAACUUCAGUCCAUUCAGCCUCAGAUCAGUGUGUGUGUGUGUGUGUAAGUGUGUGUGUGUGUGUGUGUGUGUCUCAGUGCCUUCUGCCUCCAGGUGUGUGUGAGAGCUGCUGCAGGUGAUGAGGUCACAGGAAGUGCAAUAACUCUGAUGUUAUGAUGCUCUUCCUGCCGGGACGUCCCGGAUGUUAUUCAGGAAUCAGCCAGUAUAAACAUUGCUCUUAAUUAACAGAUGUUUGCUGAGCAUUAUCAUAUUAGUAGUGUUUUUUUUUACCAGCAUAUUAGAAAGAGUGUUUUCACAUCAGCCAUCGUGUAAAUCUAAAUUAUGAUGCUGAUUAUUGAAAAACUGUAAAACUGGGCCCUGAUACCCCGAGGCAGGCGAUCGGUCCGUCCCAGUCUGAUGGCAGUUCUGCAGGUCGACACUUUAUAUUCAAGAAACAAAACUGCAGCUACAUGGUUCCAGCAUGCAGUGUGUGUGUGUGUGUGUGUGUGUGUGUGUGUGACUCUACAGGUGAACGUUACCUCAGCCUCGCUGCUCGUCUCCCUGCAGCCUCUUCUGGAAAAUCUCAUGUUUUCUUGUUUCCAGUAAAAACUUGCAGACGUCCGUUUGUCCUGAAACUAAUAAAACA